AUGACAUCGGUUCCAAUCCAUUCUCCUGUGGCCGGAGUUAUAGUGGAAUUACUAGUAGAGGACGGCUCGACAGUACAGCCCGGAAAAGCUGUGCUUAAGAUCAAAGUGGGCGCCGGAGGCGCACCUAAAAAGGCAGAAGCGGCGGCCAAACCACCGCAAGAAACCGCUCCUAAAGCGACCCCACCAUCAAAACCAGCGGCAGAAGUGCCAUCGAAACCACCACCGCCUCCAUCGAGACCUUCUGCUCCAAUGUCGUCAACUCCUGUGGGAUCUGUUAAACCUAUAGCACAGGCGGAGGACACGGGCUUUGGAUUGGGAACGAGAAAAGAAAAUAGGGUUAAAAUGAAUCGAAUGAGACUUAGAAUCGCUCAAAGACUGAAAGACGCCCAAAACACUUAUGCAAUGCUCACCACUUUUAAUGAGAUAGAUAUGAGUAACGUAAUUGAGAUGCGAAACGCACACAAAGACGCGUUUCUGAAGAGACAUAACUUGAAAUUAGGUUUUAUGUCGGCGUUCGUGAAGGCGUCCGCCUAUGCGCUCACCGAUCAGCCGAUCGUCAACGCUGUGAUCGACGACCAGGAGGUCUUGUAUCGCGAUUAUGUGGACAUCAGUGUCGCUGUGGCCACACCUAAAGGACUUGUUGUGCCCGUCAUUAGAAAUGUGGAGAAUAUGAGUUACGCUGACAUCGAGAAAACUAUUAGCGGUUUGGGAGAAAAGGCCCGAAGUGGUUCGUUGGCCAUCGAGGACAUGGACGGCGGAACCUUUACUAUAAGCAAUGGCGGCGUUUUUGGCUCAAUGUUUGGCACUCCUAUCAUAAAUCCUCCGCAAUCAGCCAUUUUGGGAAUGCAUGCCAUUAUUGAAAGACCGGUUGUCAUCAAUCAUAAGAUUGAGAUCCGGCCAAUGAUGUACGUGUGUCUCACAUAUGAUCACCGACUGGUCGACGGCCGAGAAGCGGUCACUUUUCUACGCAAAAUCAAGGCCGUCGUAGAAGACCCGAGGAUUAUGUUUCUAGAGAUCUAAUUGUCUUUAGAAAAAUGUUUUCAAUUUUAAUUAAUUAAUAGCUUUUAUCAUAACUUGUAAUUUAGAGUAAAAAGAGUUUUUAUCGACUGUAAUAUAACAAACAAAUUGUGAUUUAAAGUUAACUAAAAGUUAACUUUUGACUUUACAUCGCCUUUAGAGUGAACUUCACAUUAGACGCGACAGACACACAGCGCCAGAGGUUAUGCUAAACUGCCAGUCCUUUUAAAUGCCCUUUUGGUCCAAACUAUUUAUUUAUAGUUUUGUUUUUUUUGUUGCAAACCAUUCACAGAAAGGAAUUAAAGAGUCUUUAAAUUAGA